AUGAAAUUUGAAAGAACUUUCAAAUGGGCAAGUCACAUCAAAAUCCUUGACUUUAAGCACCGCGACGUAUUGGAAUAUGCCAUAAGCGAGAAACGCAAAUCAGGAAAAUUGUUCUCCACCUCCAAUCCUGCUAUUAUUAAAUCCAAAGAAAAACGCGAGGAACUCGUCAAGAUCAUGGAAAUUGAAGAUUUCUUCCAAAACUACACCAGUUUUAAUAUGACAAACGAAUUCAACAGAUUAAGAAACUCUAGAAUCAGCUUGGAGAACUACUUGGAAUUUAUCAUGAGCCAACAGCAUCUUAAGGAUAUCUUAAUCUACUUUAAGAUCCCAAAAGAUAUCUUUACAGAGUUUCCUCUUGAAAAACACUUGGAAUCCAUCAAAAACGGACUCACUAAGUUAUCCAAAGAACUUGAUACUAUUACACAGUCAUCCAACGAACCAGAUAAGGAUUUGAUCAUAAUCAGGGAAAACUUAAAAGGGGCCCUCAACCACUUGGUUAUUUUUAAUAAGAAGAUCUGCCUUAACUCAAACUUCAUCCCAAACCCUCAGGAUACAGGCUCUGAUAUCUUCAAGAAGGACAGAAAUCUUUUAAUUGAAUAUCUUAACAUCCACCUUAAAGUUACAGUUGGAAAUUAUACCUACACGCCAGGGUCUUUGUUAAAUACAAUGAAUAAGGAAUCCCAUUUAAUUGAGAUUGAAAUGAAUUCCGAAUUUACUGAAUUUAACCGGGAAAAACUUCUUGACCAUGUCUUCAAUGAAUCCGGAAUUGAUCCAUCAUCCUUCUUUCCAAUCAACACCGUUCACUUUACGGAAGAAGCUAGCAAAGCUGCCAGUAUUGUCACUUAUGGUUAUAUUGAAAUUGACUCAGGAAAAUCCCUUCCACUCUUCAAUGACAAAAAUUUCCGCUCCAGAGUCAUCACGAAAUGCGUCCACUGCACUGCAUGUGGUUCCCGUGAACACACUCGUUUUGACUGCAAGACGUCAUCUUGUGCCAUUUGCAAGAAAUUAUCCCAUAGGGCAAAAGAUUGUUAUUUCAAAAAGCAACAAAGAGCACCUAUUGUGAAUCCGGAAGAUCCAGAAAAACACUCUCCGAAACAAAAUUCUGGAAAAGCAGUCAAACCAAACCACAAAUCAAACUAUGGUUUUCAGACUGUCGAAAAAAGAAAAAUAAAACUGAAUAAACCGGCUACUCCAGAAUAUUCUAAACCACAUUCAAACCCUUUCGACUUAUUGGCAAAUGAAGAAGAAAAUGUUGAUGAUUCAAUUAUUGAUGAGGACGAUACUUUGGAAAAGAACUACCCAUCCAAUGAGGAAGAUGCUUUAGAGGAAGGCCUCUCUACUGAUGCAGACCAAUCCAUGGAUGAACUCGAAACCUCUACAACCCAACACACUGCUACUCUCAGACAUCAAACCAAACCAAUAGAAUUAUUGUCCAAGAAAGUUCGCGGCCAUUAG